UCACACUGCUGCGGCUGUUUUCCCUAAAAAACAAGAAACUAACUUAGCUUAGUUAAUCGCUCCCAAGCGGUCUUACCAGUUAUUGUUUAAUUACUUAUUUCGCUGCAGCUGCAAGAUGACAAAGAACCGCGUUUACGUCGUCGGUGUGGGCAUGACCAAGUUCGAGAAGCCCGGCCGCCGAGCGGAUGUGUGCUACCCGGACUUUGCCAAGGAGGCCAUCACCAAGGCUCUGCAGGAUGCGGGCAUCAAGUACGAGGAGGUGCAGCAGGCGGUGGCCGGCUACGUCUACGGCGACUCCACCUGCGGCCAGCGGGCGCUAUACGAGGUGGGCAUGACCGGCAUUCCGGUGUACAAUGUGAACAACAACUGCUCCACGGGUUCGAGUGCCCUGUACCUGGCCAAGCAGAUCAUCGAGAGCGGCAAUUCGGACUGUGUCCUGGCUCUGGGCUUCGAGAAGAUGGAGCGGGGAUCGCUGUCCUCCAAGUACUUUGACCGAGCUAACCCCAUGGAGCGUCACAUCACGGAGAUGGGCGAGCUCACGGAAAUUGGAGCUGGACCCAUGGCUGCCCAGAUCUUCGGCAACGCCGGCAAGGAGCACAUGCAGAAGUACGGCACCAAGCCCGAGCACUUCGGCAAGAUCGCCUGGAAGAACCACAAGCACUCGGUCAAUAAUCCAUACUCGCAGUUCCGCGAUGAGUACACUCUGGAGCAGAUCAUGAAGUCCCCGCAGGUGGUGGAGGGAGUCUUGACCAAGCUGCAGUGCUGUCCCACCUCCGAUGGUUCUGGAGCAGCCAUCCUGGCCUCCGAGGCCUUUGUGCGUCGCCAUGGAUUGGAGAAGCAGGCCGUGGAGAUCGUGGGCAUGGAGAUGGCCAGCGACCCGGCUUCCACAUUUGCUGACAAGAGCCUCAUGAAGAUUGCUGGCACCGAUAUGACCCGCCUGGCCAGCCAGCGAUUGUUCGCCAAGAGUGGCUACAAGCCGCAGGACGUGCAGGUUGUGGAGCUCCACGACUGCUUCUCGGCUAAUGAGCUAGUGACUUACGAAGCUUUGGGGCUGUGUGGCGAGGGCAAGGCCGGCGAGUUCAUCGACGCUGGAGACAACACCUACGGCGGCAAGUUCGUGGUGAACCCGAGUGGCGGCCUAAUCUCCAAGGGUCAUCCUCUGGGAGCCACUGGACUGGCCCAGUGCGCUGAGCUCUGCUGGCAGCUGCGAGGUCUGGCCGAGAAGCGUCAGGUGCCGGGAGCUCAGCUGGCGCUGCAGCACAACCUGGGCUUGGGUGGGGCUGUGGUGGUGGCCCUGUAUCGUCUGGGUUUCCCCGCGGCCAACAAUGUGGUCCGUAACUUGACUGCCGCAGGAAAAGCGGCCACAAGCGAGGAGGGCUUCAAGGUGGCUCCUCUGCUGAGGCUCCUGGAGCAAGCCAUGCAGGAGGACAAGGACAACCUGAUCGAGAAGGUGAGGGCAGUGUAUGGCUUCAAGGUGAACAAUGGUCCAAAUGGCCAGACAGGCUACUGGGUCAUCGAUGCCAAGCAGGGCAAGGGCAAGAUCAUCUUCAAUGGAACGCAAAAGUGCGAUGUCACAUUUAUUAUCAGCGACGAGGAUGUGUUUGAGCUGCUCACUGGCAAGCUGCCGCCGCAGAAGGCCUUCUUCCAGGGCAAGAUCAAGAUCCAGGGCAACAUGGGCUUUGCCAUGAAACUGAUGGACCUGCAGCGCUCCGCCCAGGGUAGAAUCGAGGAGCUGCGCUCCAAGUUGUAGGCUGUCUGGGACAAAAUUUGUGUCACAUUUCCCAUUUGCAAUGUCUUUUUGGUGGCUUUUGGAUCUGAUAAAACUUAGCUUAAAACGAUUUAAAUGUAUCUUUUGUAUUACUUUAUAGAAAAUAAAACUGUUAUACUCUUA